GGGGAAUUUGAAAAAAAAGUAAACAAAUUCUACACGCCACGGUGAUACAAGAUAUUCCAUUUACGGAGAGCAUCCGCUGCAGAGCUGAGUUACAUCAUCCGCUAAGUAAAGGACGUGAGGAAAUAGAGCUAUUUUUAGAAUAACAUAUUUGGUGAGUCAACUCAUCAGAUAAAGUUUAAAAGAAAGAUAUUCAACUAAAAAGCUGUGAAAUUGCACUUGUCUGGGAAAAAUUUGGUUGCUAGUCCCACAUGUAAGCUUUUGUGUGGGGUAUAUAUCAAUUGCAAAAUGACAUGGACACGACACCAUGUAGAGGUAGCUGAAACAUGUGCUCAUAACCAUCCCCACACGAGUCACCUCACCGAGUGCAUCAGGGUUUUCAUCAAGGAUUCUUACUCCAGAACAUUUCAAUCUGGUAGCAGCGGUCAGAUGUUUGGAUGCAUGGUCAGCUGGGGCUUGGGGUGCAUUGUCUUCCCUCUCUGUCUUGGUGUCUUUCAGAUCGGUGUAUUCAAACCAUUAUCAGUGACAUCCUCUCAUCUGCUGGCUCCUGCUAUUGGCCUGUGUUCUGUUGCUGUGUCAGGCGUAGCUUCAUCAAUCACUGUCUUCGCUGCAUACUCAAACUACAAUGUAUCUGAAUCAAGAGAGCUGGAUAUGAGGUUCACAGAUCUAGUUUGCUAUGGACUUGGGUCUGCUGCAAUGUUCAAACUACUCAGGGGAAAAUUUUCAUCUGUUCUUCCAAGUACUAUUCUAAAACCAGGGGCGUUUGCAAAGAGAGGUAUUCCAGCAACAAAGAACUACGCUAGCAGUGGCAAGAAAGCAACAUUGGCAGCCAUUGGAAGUCGGCAUGGCUGUCACACGUGUGGGAAACGCUGGACCGCUAAGAGCUUCAUUGCUGACCACCAACCACCAUUAUCAUUACCAAAGAGAACGGAUAUCAUCCACACGCUAUCCAAGCUGUUCCGCCCCCACGAACCGGAGUACCGAUUCUACCCCCAUUGUCCCAGCUGCUCACGGGUCCAGAUGACGUACCUUGGUGCGAUGGCCAACCAGCGCACCACCGACCUCACCAAGGGGCGCGUCGUACGGAUGGAUUUCAAUCAUAUCGUCACGCAUGCCAUGUCGUUAAGACUCUAUCACCUCUAUCUACCUUUUCCUGUGGUUCUGGCUGCUGCGUACAAUGCAUGUGCGGGAUAAAGGGUCAUUAAGACAGGGCGUGACAAUACUCUGCAAUCGUUUUUUUUUUAAUGUGAAUAGUGUUACGGUCAUCUUACAUUCCAAUUUACAAAAGUGUAGUGAAUUUCCCUCCCCUUCUUUUUUCAUUCAUUGUGAAAGUGGGGGGUGUUUCACAAAGAUUUAAGUGUGACUUAGAGGGUAUUGCAAGAAAAUAUCUGAAAUCAAUUGCAAAUAUUCUGUUGUAAUUUUACAAUUGAUAGAUCAAUUUUAGCUGUAGCAAAUCAGAUUACCCUACUUGUUUCAAGAAGGAGAUUAGCAAUUAAUCGCGAAUUUUUCAUCAAUUGCAGGACAUAUGAUUGAUUUAGGGACCGAAAUAUAUUUGCAAUUGAUCGCAAGUUUUUUGCAACACCCCAUUAGAGCCGCACUUAAAUUUCAUUUGCGUGUGGUAUAUAGCACCUCACCGCAUUGGUCGGACAAUGAGCACAGGACGCGCAUUAUCUUGUAUCCAUCAAUCAGAUUACGCAUUAAAGGGAAUCCAACCCAAAUAAAAGCUUGUUUUCUGGAGGAUAAAGAAAAAUCAGACAAGUUGAUAGGUGGAAGUUUGGACAAUAUAUCAGACAAACAGUAAGAAAGUUAUAAAUUUUUAAAAGUUGUACACAUUGGUAUUAAUGGUAAUCACUCUACACAUGGAGACUUCAGAUUGGCUGCAUAUGUGAUGUAAGGCAAGGACUACGGUACUCUUCUAUGUACUCCAAUACAUGAAAUGGCUAAGAUGUCAUUUUAUUCAAAAGUUUUACUUCAAAUUGUAUUUUUCUUUCAUGAGGACAUAAAACAAUAUACUACCUGGGUUAUAUUUAGAUUACUGCCCCAGCGGAAUAGGUAUUUAGGAGAAAACCACAAAUCUCUGAUAGUUAAGUACAUGGCCUAUGGAAAAUGAGAAAAUUGUAAUUGCCCCUUGUCAUAAUUUACUUACCCAGUUGCCAAUUUGAAAUCUACAUAGUCUUAGGGAUCUCAGUUUUAAAACAGCCACAACUUUCUUAUUGCUUGUCAGAUUUCUUUCAAACUUUCACUAUUCUGAUUUAUUUAUUUUUCUCCAUUCCAACACAACAAUUUAUGACCAGUGCUGGAUUCCCCGUUCAAAGCAGAUACGAAUUAAUAGCGCCAUCUCGAGUCCACGACUUCUCAUACCUGGCCAGUUCCCUGACCCAUAAUGCUAGUGUAGUCUAGUGAUAUAGACCCACUUGAAUAACAUGCUAAUUUACUACUAUACAGCAAUAAUUAUGUUACCAAGCAGCAAAACAGCUACUUUUCCUCUCAAAACAUUUUAGUUUCUCUAUGCAAAUACAAUUAUAGGUCAAUUUAUUCUUUGUAGUAUUAGUAGAUAUCUGAAAACGUAUAUUUUAAGACUACUUAUUUAAAACACACAGUCAAUGAGAAACCACACACAGUUCACUCCCCCUUUAAAUAGCAUGUGCAUGUUGGCAUUUAAGCACGACUCUCAGUCACACUUAACUCUUGGUGAAACACCCACCCCCCCCCCCCCCCCCCCCCCCCCCGGGGUAACUUUUGUCUAAAGUCAAGUCUGUUGGGACCACCAAACUUUGAUUGACUUUUUCAAGAUAAAUUUGACCCAGAAGUGGUAUACAUCUGACCAGAUACUCCCAAACCAACAAUAAGUCGCCAGGGAAUGUUCUCUGUAAAUAGCUAAGAUACUAAUCUGGUCUCCAAAAAGCAAAAAUUAGAAAAUAAUAAUUCUUCUCCAUACUGUAAAAAUUUGAAGUUGUUACGUUGAAUGAAAGAAAAGAUACAAGGGGUUCUUUGACACCAUUUUUCAAACUACUUGUAAGUUUCACCAAGAUUGCACGGUGUGCACAUCUCAUGCUUGAGCGAACCCCAAAUUUCAAACCCUUUUUAUACCCCCGCCAAACGAAGUUUGAAGGGGUAUAGGAAUCAGGGUAAGGUCAGUCGGUCCAUUGCAAAUCAAUUUUUAACCAAUUAUGAUAUUGGAACACACAUUGGUGUUCAGUGAAAGAUGUGCAAGACACAUUUUUUGCAUGUUUUGGAUUUUGGAAAUUGUGUUGCUAUGGUAACAGUAUAUUAUGGCAAAAAUUAGGUAAAUGUCUUGCAUUUAAAGUUUAAGCUACUUCAUUUCUUUAAAGGUCAAGUCCAACUCAGAAAAAUGUUGAUUUGAAUCAAUAGAGAGAAAUCAGACAAGCAUAAUGCUGAAAAUUUCAUCAAAAUCGGAUGUAAAAUUAGAAAGUUAUGACAUUUUAAAGUUUCGCUUUUUUUCACAAAAAAGUUAUAUGAAUGAGUCAGUUACAUGCAAAUGAGAGAGUCGAUGAUGUCGCUCACUCACUAUUUCUUUUGUUUUUUAUUGUUUGAAUUAUACAAUAUUUCAAUUUUUACGGAUUUGACAAUGAGGACAAACUUGACUGAACCAUAAAAUGUUAAACAAUGGUAAUUCCACAUGUUCAGGGAGAAAUAAAACUUUGUUUCACGGGACAAUGGGGAGAAAAUUAGACUAUUUUGUAUUUCAUAUAAUAAAAUACAAAAGAAAUAGUGAGUGAUGUCAUCAGUUCCCAGCCGAGAUGUGCAUAUAACUGUUUUGUGAAAUGAAGCAAAAGUUUUAAAUGUCAUAACUUUCUUAUUUUACAUCCGAUUUUGAUGAAAUUUUCAGCGUUAUGCUUGUUCAUGUGUUGGAAAUUUUUUUUGCUACGGCAACCAUGUAGUAUAAUCCAGGAAAACUCUUUCCAAAUCAAAUUACUUCCCCAGUUUAUUGCUAGUGCUCAUGAGAGUUGGCACCAACAUUGGUCUUUGGGUAAAAACAUGCAAUUCCCUUUUCCAAAAAUGUUUAAAAUUGUGUUGCCAUAGUAACAGCAUGUUCUUGCCAAAAACUCAGUAAAAUUACUUCCCUUUUUUGUCAUGGUAAUGGAAUAGGGUGGGGUAUUAAUCACCUUCAGUGAUUUUUUCUAGUUUCUCCUAAUUCUAAGAGGCUCUUGCUGAAUUUCCUCUGCAUUUAAACAAGUAUAUAUCAUUUUAAAGCUUAAAAAGUGUCAUUUUAUGCUCAAUUAAAAUCUUAAUAUUACGUUUGGGUGAAUUAUUGUUGGUUUGUGUAUGUGCUGGUCACGUAUAACACAUGAUUUGCAUACUCUGGUUUUAAAAUUUUGUUUCAACCUUGGUGACUGGGUUUUAUAGUUAUGUAAGAUUUGUCUCUAUUGCAGUUCAUUACAAAAUUAUAUGAACAUGUAUGUUGUAAAAUCGUUAUGGUCUAUGUGGAUGAAAGGAACUAAAGUUGAAAGGUUUGAUGGAUGUAAUAUCAUUUUUGUUGGGGUCCCAGACUAGGCCCUAUCCCAAACAAAAACACCAAAAAUAAUGCAUUAUACCCAGGCAUUUUACCCCCUUUUUGGUAUGAAAACUGGUAGCAAGAAUGGAAAGGGCUCAAAACAUCAUUAUAUCGGGGAACACGUCCAUAUAAGGUGGGGGAAGGAGGCACAUACCCCCUUCCCCCCCCCCCCCUCCCCCUCCAUACAUUUAUUUGGGUUCCUAUUUUACUAUCACUGCCUUAUUUCAUUAUAAAAAUUUGUACAUACAAAUUUACAUAGUCUAGUGCAUAUAUUAAACAUAACUUUUUAUCAUAUUUGUCAAAUAAAUUAUGAAUGAUACUUAAUU